GCGGAGACCCAUCUUGCUGGCCGGCUCCACCCCCUCUCGUUGGCGGGGAGGGCGCGCGCGGGAAAGCAACUUGUUACCAAAGAUCUUUGCUUGUUACAGGCGGUUGGAACGUUGGGCCGGGAGAGAGUUGGCACCAUGAAGUUUGUCACCUGCGAGAUAGCGUGGCACAACAAAGAACCCGUAUACAGCGUCGACUUCCAGCACGGACCUGACUGCAGGAUAGAUCGAUUGGCUUCCGCUGGCGUGGACACUGCAGUCCGGAUAUGGAGGGCGGAUAAAGGCCGGGAUGGCAAAGCAGUUGUGGAUUUUUUAUCGAAUCUAAUACGCCACACAAAGGCAGUGAACGUUGUGCGUUUCUCUCCGAACGGUGAAAUUCUUGCAUCUGGAGGUGAUGAUGCACUAAUAUUUCUGUGGAAACUGAACGAUAACAAGGACUUCAAAGAACAGGAACAAAAUCUAUUUGAAGAGGAUGCUCAGUUAAAUAAGGAGAAUUGGACAGUACACAAAACGUUACGAGGGCACAUAGAGGAUGUGUACGAUAUCUGUUGGACUACUGAUGGGACUCACCUGGUUUCUGGGUCUGUCGAUAACACGGCCAUUAUGUGGGACAUUAAUAAAGGGGUGAAGCUGUCGAUCUUUAAUGAGCACAAGAGCUAUGUGCAAGGUGUGACCUGGGAUCCUUUGGGAAAAUUCAUUGCGACUCUUAGCUGUGACCGGGUAAUGCGAGUGUACAACACACAGACCAAACGAGUUGCCUUCAAUGUAAGCAAGAUGUCAGCCAGUAAUGAUGGAGAGACCAAGAGCUAUCGAAUGUAUCACGAUGAUGGCAUGAAGUCGUUCUUCCGCAGACUCUCCUUCACACCUGAUGGAUCAUUGCUUCUCACUCCAGCUGGAUGUGUGGAAGCGGGAGAAAACGUUGCCAACACUACGUACGUCUUUUCCAGGAAAAAUCUGAAACGGCCCAUUGCCCACCUGCCUUGUCCAGCCAAGGCCACUCUGGCCGUUCGAUGCUGCCCGGUAUUCUUUGAGCUACGGCAACCUAAAGCAAGCGAUUCGGAUGAGUCGACUAAGAAAAUGAACUUGUUCAACUUGCCAUAUCGACUGAUAUUUGCUAUAGCUUCUGAAGACUCCGUACUCUUAUAUGAUACACAGCAGUCUGUUCCCUUUGCUUAUAUCUCAAACAUCCAUUAUCACACCCUAAGUGAUAUUACAUGGUCUCGAGAUGGGACGUACCUAACCAUCGCGUCCACGGACGGCUACUGCUCCUUCAUCACGUUUGGGAAAGACGAGCUGGGCGUGCCGCUGAAGGAGAAGCCGGUGCUGUGCAUGCACACCCCCACCACGGCUGAGAAGAAAACGAAGAAGGGCCGAGCGAGCAGGUUGUCAGCCGCGGCCCAGAAAACGCCCGACGACAGCACGCCAAGCAGAAGCGUGGAGCAGAGCGAGCCGGGAGCACCCGCUCAGCUGAAUACACCCGGUGCGGACGCUAAACCAUCUCCCACCAGUUCUCUCGCUACCAAACUGUGCCCGACCUCAUCGGACACGAAAACUCCCAAGUCUGCCGUUCAGAGCAACAAGGCCUCCCAGUCCAGGAGGAUCACGUUGAACACCUUGGAGGCCUGGAGCAAACCCGGCAGCACCUUGGUGCCCAGGCGAAUCUCGCUCACUCCUGUGAACCCCAGCUCCUCCAAGCUGACAAUGACACCUUUGGUUAACCAGGCAGAACACGAGCCACCUUCUCCGUCGAAUGAUCCUUCGUGCAAGCCACCAGAUGCGAAACGCUCCAGAACGGAGGACAGUCAGGAUCUCAGUCCCGCCACGGUGGAUGAUGUCAAAGCAAAGGAUGACUGCACAACGAACAGUGGACAAUCAGACAGCAAGUGAACGUUGCUCUGAAAACCUGAAGCAUUACAUCUUUAUAGAACUCCGCAAUGCGAUCUGUAUUAUUUUGGCUGUGAGUCUCCAAUGUAUAUAAGGAGCAAGAGAUUCCAUAGAGAGUACUAUUAACUUUCUGGGUACAUUUGUUGUGAGUUUAAACGCCAUAUUGUCCUUUAAGUGCUACCCGUAUUGGCCUGUCUCUGAAUGUGAAUAGUCCAGUUUUAGUUAUUAAUCACUGUACAAAGUAUUAAUUAUGCCUUAAAAAAAAUAAUAAAGUCUCUAUACGCUGGUAAAAUCAUUAAUUUGAUAUUACCGUUUUCUCAAAGAAAA